AGGCCGUGAAGAUGUACCUCUUUGCCAGGUCUGUAUCUCCACAGGGGAGGGGGUUUGGUGGUGAAUGCAGGAGUGGUCAGAAGCAGUGCGGGAACACCGGGAGAGACACUGCGGAGAACUCAGCCAACCAAGUUUGUGGACACGCACAUCUUCAACUGGACUUUCUACAACCUUUACAAUUAUGGACUUUUCCUAUUCCACGCUUGUUGCGCAACAGAACCGGGUCAUUUGAAUUGGUAAUUUUCAUGUCUGAUCUUUUUUUUCUGGAAUACAGAAAUAACAAUUUGCGCAUUUGAAGGUAAAAACUGCUCUUACUUUGGUAUGGAGGUACUGCAGAGGCAAGAUGAGUUCUGAUACAGAUCAUUCCGUGAACUUCUUGAGUAAUGCUUCCUCCGAACUGUCCGACGUGUACAAUUCGAGCUCCGCGGGAAACGGGACCGAGCCGAGCUCGUUCAGCCUCAGCCGCGCGCUUCCACUGGGCAUGGUUCUGGGCGCUUUUAUUGUGUUUGCUAUCGUCGGCAACAUUCUCGUUAUUCUCUCCGUAGUGUGCAACAGGCACCUGCGCAUCCCAACCAACUACUUCAUCAUCAAUUUAGCCAUUGCAGACCUGUUGCUGAGCACAACUGUCCUGCCGGUUUCUGCCACGCUUGAAAUUCUUAACUACUGGGUAUUCGGGAGGAUCUUCUGUGACAUUUGGGCUGCGGUGGAUGUGUUGUGCUGCACCGCAUCCAUCAUGAGCCUGUGCGUAAUCUCCAUAGACCGCUACAUCGGGGUGCGUUACCCACUGCAGUACCCGAGCAUUGUGACCGAGAAAAGGGCGCUCUUGGCCAUGCUGGGUGUUUGGGUUCUUGCCUUUGUCAUCUCCAUAGGACCUCUGCUUGGGUGGAAAGAGCCUCCUUCAGAGGACGACACUGUGUGCCUCAUCACAGAGGAGCCGUUUUACGCGCUCUUCUCCUCGCUGGGCUCCUUCUACAUCCCUUUAGCGGUUAUUCUGGCCAUGUACUUCCGCGUGUAUAUAGUUGCCAAAAGAACCACGAAAAACCUCGAGGCCGGAGUGAUGAAGGAGCACAUGGACUCUAAUGAGCUGACGCUCCGGAUCCAUUGUAAAGGUUCUCAGGCGCAGGAUGACUGCAGCAAAGGCCACAUAAGGAGCUCGCUGACAGUCAAAUUACUUAAGUUUUCCAGAGAAAAGAAAGCUGCUAAAACGCUUGGUGUUGUAGUGGGCAUGUUCAUUCUGUGCUGGUUACCAUUUUUCCUCGCACUACCUAUCGGGUCAUUUAACACCAGUUUACGACCACCUGAAACAUUCUUCAAAGUGAUCUUCUGGCUGGGCUACUUCAACAGCUGCCUGAACCCCAUAAUUUACCCCUGUUACAGCCGUGAGUUCAAGCAGGCUUUCAUUCGGAUCCUCAGGUGCCAGUGUCAGCAGAGGAAACAACAGGGCUGGAGGGCGUACAACUACCGCGUCCAGACGGGCUCGGCCAUGCAGGUCUACACAGACACCAGCUCCAUUUGCAUGAAUGGCAGCCAGCAGACCCUGGCCCCAACGCACCCCAGCCCAACAUUAUUCAGCAGAGUUGUGGGCUCUCGUCCAGCAUCAGGCCUUCUACCAGGCUGGGGUCCCUGUACCUCAUCUUCCUCUUCCUCCCUAUCUGGGAGCCCUUUUCCUGGUAUGAUGAGAUCCAGCUCCAGGGCGACGAGUCCCUGCGAAUCUAACAGGAUGGCUUCGCUGUUCCCCAGUGGGACCCAUUCCAAAGGACCUCAGCAUGCCAAUGGACAGAAUGGGAAGCGAGACACAGAGCAUGAGCCAAUAUCUAGAACCGCACCUGAGACUACUAUCUAGCUUGGUGUCAAGAGGGACUUACAUGCCAGUGAUUUCAGACUUUCAGUUUUUUUUUCCGGAUAGAUCUGAUACAUUAUUGUAGAUGUGAAAUACAUUGGGCUUCUUGUCAUGCAUGUCUACAUUGUUUCAUUUGAGAGUUGCAGUAGCUACGUAAGGGAUAAUGUACAGUCAGCUUCUAAUUA